AUGAACAUGCUCCAGCUCGGAGGACUGUGGCCAGAUUAUCGCAUCUCACUACCAGGCAGUUUCUCAUCCGAUGAUGAAGAUGGUCCAGAUCAGUUUAGGGACAUUCUGCACCCUGAUGAGAAUCUUAUAGGUGUGACGCAUCUCCCGCCAGAGACCAAGGACCACAUACUUACCUCAACCCUGCAACUGCUCGGCGAAGCUCAGCUGUAUGUAAUCAGCUUCAGCGUCACCCAGUUCGCACUGUGGUAUCUGCUGAUAGUGCUCUUGGCCACUGUCAUGAUACUGACUGUCCACAGUUCGAUAUAUUGGUCUGGAGAAGUCGACAGCAGGACUAUUUUGAUAGCAUAUCUCGGUCUGCUAACCAGAUGCCUCGCCGUCUUCUCGGCUUUGAACAAUUUUCGAUUUCCUACGUAUAUCGAAACGAGCCACAGCGCUAUCACGCUGCUCGUGGAGUCAGUUUCCGCUUCUAGAAACUGA